GAGCGUUUAUAAAGGGUCGGUGUCGGGGGAAGAAGACGGCGCGAGGAGGUUGUGUCUGAGGGAGAAAGAGAGCGUCUCUGUGCGGAGCCACUGACUGACUGACUGACUGACUUGGACGGACGAACGAACUCGGCGGCUUUUGUUUUUUGAGCGGGGAGCGGACUGACUGCAAACCCGACACGAUGUCUCGCUCGGAGGAGGUUCACCGCCUGACCGAGAGCGUCUACAAGACCAUCAUGGACCAGUUCAAUCCCAGCCUGAGAAACUUCAUCGCUAUGGGGAAAACGUACGAGAAAGCACUCAACAGUGUGACCUUUGCAGCAAAAGGCUAUUUUGAGGCACUAGUGAAAAUGGGUGAACUAGCCAACGACAGCCAAGCUUCCAAGGAGAUGGGGGAUGUUUUGUUCCAGAUGGCAGAGGUCCAUAGGCAAAUCCAGAUUCAGCUGGAGGAAAUGCUGAAAGUCUUUCAUGGUGAGCUGCUGACUCAACUUGAGCAGAAGGUUGAAUUAGACGCCAAGUACUUGAGUGCUACAUUGAAAAAAUAUCAAGCAGAACACAAAGCUAGAUUGGAGUCGUUGGAAAAAUGCCAAGCAGACCUGAAGAAACUUCGAAGAAAGAGUCAAGGGAGCAGAAAUCCACAAAAAUAUCGAGAGAAAGAGAUGCAGUUUGUGGAGACGAUAAGCAAUAAGCAGAGUCAAAUGGACAAUCAAGUGGCCGAGGGAUACACAGCACUGACUGAAGAACGCAGGCGGUACUGCUUCCUGGUUGAGAGGCAAUGUGCCGUUGCCAAGAAUAAGAUGGUGUACCACGGGAAGGGCAAGGAUAUGAUAACGCAGAAGCUUCCUGGCUGGCAGCAGGCCUGUAGCCAUCCAUCCAAAAUUCCCGAUCGCUCAAUGUUGUUGGUACAACAAAUGUCUUCAAGCGCCCCAGGAACCCUCAUUGCUGACCCCAUGCCAACUACUAAAUCAGGUCUUGUUAUAUCAGACCCCAUUCCUGGUGCUAAACCUCUGCCUGUACCUCCAGAACUUGCACCCUUUGUUGGCGCAGGUGGACUUGGUCACGGUUCGUUAAUGUCAAGCCAAGAUAUUGCAUUAGUGCCUAAUGGAGAUUUAUCACACUCCAAUAAUGGAGAAUAUAACCAGUCUGGCUGGUCUGAUGUCAAGCCAAAGCCUCCUUCACCACCACUGCUCCCAAAGCCACAGACUGAAGUCUAUUCCAAUACGCUGCCCACACGCAAAGCAAUGCCACUGAAAGCCAGCCCUUUAUUAUCUGAGAAUAAGACUUUACCCAGGUCCAGCUCAAUGGCCGCCGGGCUGGAAAAGAAUGGCCGAACCAAAGUACAGGCCAUCUUUUCACAUCAAGCGGGAGACAACAGCACCUUGUUGAGCUUCAGCGAGGGUGACUUUAUCACACUGCUCGUCCCCGAAGCCAAAGACGGCUGGCAUUACGGAGAGAACGAGAAGUCGCGAUUGAGAGGAUGGUUCCCCUUCUCCUACACCCGUGUUAUACAGAAUGGACUGAAUGGCAAAUUACGUAACAAUUUGAUCCAUGUGAAAAGCUGCAGCACUGGAAACCUCCUUGAGAAGCAGGAUCUGUCCAUCCCUCCACCUGACUACAAAAUGAUCUCACAGCCUCAGCCCAAAACAAACACGAGCACCUUCAAACCCAGGCCAUACAGUGUGGCAGUGCCGGGCUUUUCACAGGGCCUUGAUAGCUACAGUCAUUCAAGAUUAUCUCUCAAUUCUGAUGCCGAGGUUGCAAGGUUUUGAGUUUAACCUUCUGCCACAUAUAUGGCCUCUCUAGAUUAAGAUGCUCUGGCAAGUAUCAAAUUGAAGCCAACUCGAUCACAUGACAGAUCAUGCCCUGCA